AUGGCGACGACGAAUGGCUCGUCGGGCUACGGCACGCCGCAGCGUGAUGGCACCAUGUCAAUGCCUGCCAACAAUGGCACUCCCUUGUCGCAUACAACCCCCGACGACGCGACGGGCAUGGGAGCAUACCCCGCUGCCACGAAUGGCAGGAAACGCAAGGCCGAUGGCACCUCGUCGCGCGGUGUCGCCAACCUGACGCCCGAGCAACUGGCUAAGAAGAGGGCAAACGACCGCGAGGCUCAGCGCGCCAUCCGUGAACGCACGCGCAAUCAGAUCGAGACGCUGGAGCGGCGCAUCAAGGAACUCGAGAGCCAACAGCCCUUCCAGGAGCUGCAGAAUGCCCUCCGCCAGCGCGAGCAGGUCCAGGCCGAGAAUGAUGACCUCAAACGCCGUAUGCAGACCAUCUUCUCAUUGCUGCAGCCCGUUGCUGCCUCGCAGGGUCUGAAUGGUAGCAACCUUGCUACUGCUACCGCCCAACAGAGUCCCUUGCCCCUGCCGACGCAUCAUCCACAACAGGCCUCUCAACCCCCACCUCAAGCCCUCAUGUAUCCUGCACAACCACCCAACCUGUAUGACCAACCCCCCUUUGCUCAACACCAUCUCCACCCCGACCUUCGCAACCUCCAACCCAACCAACAACCACAACAACCGCCCCGUCAAAAUCAAUCUCCAGCCAGCGCUGCAAGACAGUACGCCCAAGCUGCCCAAGCCGCUCAGCUACAACAGCAGCAACAGCAGCAGCAACAGCACCCACAACAGCAGCAGCGCUUCUCACCCCACCAACACUUCCAGCCCGCACUUGCCCCUGCUCCCGUAUCUCAGCACCAACACCAUCAGCUCGUCCCAGAAAUGCCCUCGCAGAGCUUCGGAAACUUCCUCGUUGAGGAUCGCAAGAUGCGCCCAGCGUCGCCAGCAGUGCGUGAUUUGAUGCCUACCCCCACCGCAGACAUGCCAAUCCAUCUGCGUCUACCUCGUAAUCAGGAAGCCACCAACGCGCUGGACAGCGUCAUGUUAGAUUUCAUGACGGAGCGUCGGAAAGCUGCAGCACAAGGCACGCCAUCUUCCUCAUUGGUUGGCCCGGCCUAUCCUUCCAUAUCCUCCCUCUUGAAUCCGGCUCGAGCACCCAAAUCACACCCUCUCAGCAAGCUCUUCACCGACGUCCUGGCCAACCUUCCCGAGAUUGAUCAGAUUCCGGAGCAAGUCGCUUGCUUGUACAUCAUGUUCCUUGUCAUGCGCUGGCGCAUUGCUCCUACCCAGGAGAACUUCGAACGUCUACCCGACUGGAUCCGUCCCAUCCGAUCACAACUUGAAGUCAGCCAUCCUAUCUGGUUUGACAACGUGCCAUGGCCUUGGAUGCGCGAAAAGAUGAUAAAAAACGCCGCAGGAUACCCAAACGAGCGCUAUGGCCCUCUGUACUGCCAGAGUCUAUCAUUGAAUUGGCCAUAUGACCCUCAGCAAUGUCUUUUGCCGCGCGCGAACAGCGUCCAGGGUGCCGAAGCUACUUCAGCCGCUGUUCUGGACGAUCAUGAGGAGUUCAUGAUCAACCCUGUCUUCGAGUCUCACAUGCGCAAUCUCAGCAACUGGUCUGUCGGACCCGCCUUCGCCAAUGCUAUGCCAGAGCUUGUUGAAGGCGUUCCAAUCAAGGAAAGGUAA